UCCUAUAAAUCAGAUGCAGCACUGAAUGAAAGAAAGCACAUUAACUCAGUUUUACCAUCUUGGAGCUCUUGAAUGUUCUUCAGAAGUGGACAGCAUGGAUUCAGCUUUACUGUUGACUCUGCUUCUACCAGUUGCAGUUGUUUCCCACGUAGUGAACCUGCCGUCCAAAGUUCUGUUCAAAGUGGGCGACAGGAGAGAGCUGACUUGCAGCAUCUUAUCCUGUCCGGAGACAGUGAAGUUUGUUUGGACCCCAUUAGAGGACAGACCGAUAUUCGCCACUGUUAAACCACAGGACAAAGAAUCUAUGCUGGUCUUCGACAGUGUGAUGAAGAAUCACGAAAACACCAUACUGUGCAAAGCAACCUGUGGAAAGGAGACAAAACAGGCGAAAACGACUAUUAAAGUGUAUUCUUUCCCAACUAACCCAGUUAUAUCUGGACAUGAUCGCUUGAAACUGGGUGAGGAAGCCACCUUGACUUGUGAAGUGUCCUCUAUACAUCCUUCGGAGUUCCUUGAAGUGGAGUGGCUCUAUGGAGACAAAGUUGUUUACAGUGAUGAGGGAGAACCUGACAGAGAUGCAUUUUCAUUUUCUUACACAUUCACACCUUCAAGUGAGGAUGAUGGGAAGGCAAUAACAUGCAGAGUAUCACUCAAUGUGGAUGGUAUACCAUCUGAAGAGAUGACCAGGGAGACGUCUGUACACAUGAACGUUCUCUCUGCACCGCAUAACGUUAAAGUAUCUGGAGUGACCGCCGUCCCACUGGGAUCCAGUUUAAAUCUGACCUGUGAGGCAGAGGGCAAGCCAAAGCCUGCGUUUACAUGGACGGCUCUUAAACCAGAUGGCCAGUCUGUGGAAAUGGGAAAGCACCAAGUUCUCUUCGUGCAAGACGUGUCCUUAUCGGAUGCUGGUACUUACCAGUGUGAUGUUAGCAAUGACUUGGGAAGCCAAAUGGCCAGCGUUUCAGUAGUCGUUCAAGCACCUCCUAUGGAAACCCUCAUUGUAGCAAGUCCACAAACCACUCUGAAGGAAGGAGACUCGGUGAGCAUAUUCUGCAAGUCCACCGGCGUUCCAGUGACACACGUGGUGCUCAGCAGGAGGGUGAACGGUGUAGAUGCAGAGCUAAAAUCUAGUAAAGGAGCUGAAACAUCACAUACGAUCCCCUCCGUCAAGCUUGCCGACUCUGGCACGUUUGUGUGUGAGGCUUUCAAUGAGUACGGCAGUCAGAGGACCACUCUCAAUCUAACCGUUGAAGCUCAUUUGCUAGAAGUGGCGCUACAACCAGACACAGAGGAUGUGUUGGAGAAAGGCUCCAACUUGGUCCUUUCCUGUCAGGCUUCAGGUUGCCCUCAACCCGAGUUCUCCUGGAAGAAUCUUGCAAAUAAUCCAAUCCUCAGGCAAAUUAAGACAGAUGGCUUCCAGUCUCAGCUGAUUUUCGAUCUAGUAGAGUUGGAAGAUGAGGGAACUUACCUUUGUGAGGUCACAUGUGGCUCGAUCAUGAAGUCCAAACAGACCAACCUGAAGGUUUUUUCAUUUCCAACAAGUCCCGUCGUAAAGAACUCUGGACCUUCUCUGGUGGGAGAGAUGAUGAAAUUGACUUGCACUGUUCAGGAAGUUUUCCCAGCCAACCUUUUCCAAAUCCUAUGGAUGGAUGGAGAUAGAAAAAUGCAUUCGGAAACUGGGUCAUUUUCAAGUGGUACAAUAAAUCUGACUUCAGAGUAUUCUUACCGCGUAAACACCGAAGACCAGGACAAACGCAUCACCUGCAAAGUUCUGCUGGAAAUGCCAGCUGCUCAAGCAGUAAAGACAGCAUCUACUGCUUUGUCUGUUCACUAUCCACCGAGAGCAACCAGAAUUACAGUGAGCCCACUGAUGGAGUUGAAAGAAGGAGAAUCCAUGAGCAUUUCUUGCCUUUUCGACAGCUUUCCAGUGGGGCGUAUGGUGCUGAGCAGGGUGAUGGAUGGCGUACAAACAGAGCUAAUGACCAGCGAUGGGCUUGAAACAGUGUUUACCAUUCCUUCGGUCAAGUUGGAUGACACAGGCAUCUAUAUUUGCGAAACCUCAAAUAUGUAUGGAAGCCAAAAUGAUAGUGUGGAGAUUACCGUGAAAGCACCACCCAGAAAUACAACAGUAGACAUCUUUCCAUCUACGGAUGUUCAAGAGGGGCAGAAUAUCACCAUCUGUUGUCGCUCCGUGAGCUUUCCUCCACCUGCGGUGGUCCUCAGCAAGCUGGAUAGUGAGAAAAAUGUCUACUCCCUUGAUGGUGUAUUCCUGCUGAUCAACCUCACUCCUAACGACACAGGCCUAUAUCAGAUCAACGUCACCAACGACCUGGGCUACGAGACGGAGACUUUUACGAUCAACGUGAUUGAGAAAAGAGUCAAUCCUCCAUUAGGCUGGAAUGACUUUUUAAGCCUUGCGAUUUGCCUGGGAGUCGCUUCUGCGCUGCUCGGUGUUGUGGUGUACGUGUGGAGAGCUAGAAAGAAGGGAUCAUACGACCUCACCAAGUGCAAUCCGAGUACUGUGUAGACUGUGUUUACAUUCCAUGGACUGAUUUGGAAGCAGCUACGCUAGGCUGAACUGUCUUGUCAGGGCCCAGGGCCCCCCUAAAGUGAGAACUGCAGGUGACUGGAUUCAUCACCUUGAACAUUAGGUGACAAUAACCCCAGCUGGAUGGGAACCUGCAUUCUCCACAGCCAGAGACAAUCAAUGUGACCGUGAUUUGCUGCCCAUCCGCAGAGGAAGGAAAUCGAAGCGGUGCGGUUUCUUCGUGGUCUUUGUGUUGGGAAGUGUCUGCUGUUUUAAAAACCACCUUGUCUCCACUUAAAGAAGUGUGAAAGUCUAAGCUUGAAGCAUGAAUGUAAAACUAUGAAAUAUAGAUUUAAACAUUUUAGCAUUGAGAGAAAAUAACCACAGAGUUUUAGCUGAACUGUUUGGUACAUUUUAGAUAUCUGAUGUACCGAAGUAAAUACUAUGUCCUAAAAAAAUCUGUAUUUAAUUAUGUGUGAAGUCUUGUCAAAUACAUUUUCAUAUUUAUUAAACUAGCAGCUCUCUGUGAUUUGAUCUGGGAAGUUUUUAUUGGAAAAUCUGGGGAGUAACAGGAAUCCACAGCGUCUGUUUUAGCUUCACUUACUUUUUGAUAUUUCACUUUCGCUUUCCUGUAAACUAUUUGUUAAGCACAAUGAAAGGUGGGGUGAUUUGGAAAAGCACCUUCACUGCAUAUGCACAAGGCAUUUCCAAAAUUCCAACAAGACAAAGUCAAAAUAACAACUAGCACAUGUUCUAAAAAUAAACCACUCCACGCAUGUGCCUCCGUCCUUAGCUUUCAAGACCAAUUACACCCUCUGAAAAACACCCGUUUUUGGUCCCCAUUUAUUUUGGCCUGCAAAUUAAGACCAAGCGAUUCAAAAUCGAGUUCCUCGCUCCUUUUUUAGUGUCUUCUAUUGAUUUUUUUUGUCAGUGUUGCUAUAAAAGGCUGUUGCUAUGGUGACCAUCCAGAUGCAGUGGGAAAUGGGGGUGGGUCGUGUUUUCAUGUUCCACAGGGAAAAGAAGGAGAAGCAAAGGUGCGAAUGGAACUGUGUUCUUUUAGAAAGAUGGAGUGCCACUCACCCAUUUCUUUUUUUAACCUCUUGAUAUUAAAUUUAGCACAGUCCUUUUAAAGAACCAGCAGUAUGUGAUGUUCUUGUGUAAUAAAAAUGGCAGCAUUUUAUCAUA